UUGAAGUGUCAAUUUGCAUUUGCUGUCCAAAUUACUCAAUGUGACAAAUAUGAUUUUCUAAUUAUAUUUUUUAUUUAUUUCCAAUAAUCCGUUAUAGAGUAAGUGAACAAUGCCGCCUAAGCCCAAAAAAGGUAAAGAACAAAAAAAGGAACCACCAAAACUGGUAAUGGGUCCUCCACCGAAGCCGAAAAAAAUUCCUCCUCCUCCAGCUUGUUUUUCUCCAGAAGAUUUAGCAAGAUUUAAGGAAGUUUUUAAAGCACACGACGAAGAUAAUAUUGAUAAGGUGAAGUUGCCAGAAAUCCCGAUAAUGUUAAGAAAACUUGGUUUUAAUCCAAAAGGAGCAGAAAUCAAGUUUCUGUAUGAGAAAUUUCUAGAAGACGAGUUCGUAGACACGGUCGAGUAUUUUGAGUGGCUUUUUAUGAUUGAAGCUAAAAUUAAUAUGGGUGAUGACUUCGAAUUAGCAGUUACAAAAGCCAUGGCAACCAUAGGACACGACGAUGAAGAAACUGGAAUAACAGAUUUAGAAUUGCUCAAAGAGGAACUAAUGGUUUGGGGUGAACCUUUGCUGGAAAUUGAAUUUGUUGACUUUAUAAAAGUGGCGACAAAAAAUAAAACUUUUACUCCGUUAGACGGUAAAUUCAACUAUGUUAAAUUUAUUGAGCUAAUGAAUAAUUCCGAUCAGAAAUUCUUCAAGGAACCGAUAAACUUCUUUAAAUUAGAUCAAAAGACGUUAGCUGCAAUGGCUAUAAAGAAGGCUCAAGAAGAGAAGGAAGAAGAAGAGAGGAAGGAGGCUGAGAGGCUCGCUAAAGAGGAAGCCAAGAGGCAAAAAUUAAUACAGCAAGGACUUUUAAUACCUGAUUAAAUACUAAUUUCAAUCGUUUAUAAGCACACGGAUACGUUAUUUUGAAUUAUCAGUGUAAUAAACGCUAUUAUUUAACGUAACACUCACUUCUACUAAAAUUCUGAAUUGAUGAAAAAAGGAUAAUGACAGACGGACGGACAACAAAGUGGUCCUGUGAGGGUUCCGUUUUUUCCUUUCGAGGUACGAAACCCUAAAA